UUUUCAACCUUUUAUCAUUUGCUUUCUCUCAAAUUUGAGGACAUUUUUUUUAAUUAUAAAGAAGUGCUAUUUUUAUUAUUUUUUAGGCACUCUGCCACCUUCUUCACAUAGAAAUUACAAAACAAUUCACAGUGUGAACUGAUUCAUUUUCAUUGUGAAUUAAAAAAAGUUUGGCAAGCCAACUGGCACCGAGAGCUGGCUAGAUUUGGCCCAUGGGCUCAAAGCUGGGCAUGUAUCUGCUUGUUUAACCUAACUGUCAUGAUACUGACUCAACGGGGAGGCAGUAGCUCAGUCCAUAGGGACUUGGGUUGGGAACCAGAGGGUCGCCUGUUUGAAUCCCCAUCCCGACCAAAUAUGGAGCGUGGAGUGGUGGCUGGAGAGGUGCCAGGUCACCUCCUGGGCACUGCCGAGGUGCCCUUGAGCAAGGCACUGAAUCCCACAACCGCUCGGGGCGCCUGACCAAGGGCAGCCCCGUCACUCUGACAUCUCUCCACUUUGUGCAUGAAUAGGUCCUGUUUGUGCAUGUGUGUGUCUUUCGGACCUGUGUGUAAUUGACAGCAAGAGUGAAAACAUUGAAUUUCCCCCCAGGGGGAUUAAUAAAGUAAAGUAAAUAAAUAAACAACAUCAGAAUAUGCUUUAAAAAUAAUUACAUAUAAUUUGUCUGUAAUUGUGCAACAGAAACUCCUCCUAAAAUUCCCAAAUUUCCAGGAACAAUACUGAGAAGCUACAGUAUAAUGGCAAGUGUGUGACGGCAGUUUUUCAUUUGUACAAGUAAGAAACAAUAAAAGCCAUCAAAUCAGUUUUGUAUACAUAAAAAUAAAAAAUGCAAAGACAAUGGUCUCCGUCUUAUUACACAAUGCCUCUGUAUUUCAUCCAGUUACUGGUGAAUAGGAGGAUUAGUACUUUAUAUUUUUCUACAUUUUGAGCUUCAGUGAGGUCAAAAAAAGAAGAAAAUGUGCUUAAAGAAAAUAAAAGGUUGAUUUUUGAACAAUGAGGAAGCAAAAUAAAUAAAUGGUAACUUGAUCCAACAAGAUGUCAUCCUCCACCGUUUGUGCCUGAGCGCUGGGAACAUGAAGGAUGCUUAUGAGGCAAAAUGAUCAAAAAGAUAAGAUGACAACACAACACUGCUGGUGUGACACCUGCGCAUCAGCAGUGACAUAGAGGGAGAGCUCACAGUUUCCCACACUGAGUAGCUCAAACUUGGACCCAAUAUUCAACACAUCUUGGUAGUUUUUCAUCUCUGCUGGUUUCUGCUCGAGGACCAACACUCACCAUGAAGUACAGGACGGUGGUGAUGUACAUGGAGAUCGGCUGCUUUGUGUCCUGUCUGUGUGGCUGGAUCCUGGUGUGUUCCACUCUCCCCACAGAGUACUGGACUUUCUCCGAGGUGGGCAGCAUCGUGCUGACCACCUCCAACUACUACUCCAACCUGUGGAAGGACUGCAUCUCAGAUACCACAGGGGUGUCUGACUGCAAGGAUUACCCCUCGAUGCUGGCUCUGCCUGCGUUCCUACACGCCUGCAGAGCGCUCGCUGUCUGUGCCGUCAUCACUGGUUUCUUCGGAGGCGUCCUCACACUCGUCGGGAUGAAAUGCACUAAAAUCGGUGGAUCAGACAUCGCCAACGCCAGGGUGACCUUCGCUGGAGGUAUAACCUAUCUGGUUUCAGGAUUCUGCGGUAUGAUCACCUACUCGUGGUGGGCCAACAAAGUCAUAACAGAGUUCUUGGAUCCACAUUUCAGAGAACAGAAAUUUGAACUUGGAGCUGCAAUUUUCAUUGGCUGGGGAGGCUCCUUGCUUCUUCUCUCUGGGGGGACGGUGAUGGCUUACUUCUCUGGAAAAGAAGGUCUCCCAUCAAGCUCUUCAGGAAGGCCACGGAGACCGGCCACUUACGCCACUGCCCGGACCAGACGGACCUACAUGCUGCCAGCCUCGUCGUCCAGAGUGACUCUUGUGCCACCGCUGUUUUAUGAAGGCAGGAAGAGCCGGGCAACCAGAGCUACAACGAGGACCAGCAGGACCUUUAACAGGGACAGCUUCGUCUGAGUGAGAGGGGAGCUGAGACAGUGACUUAUGAGACUUCAAGGAAGUUUGGGGAGAUGUGCUUUCAUGCUGAGAAUGAGGUGAGAGGAUCAAUACCACUCGUGUCUGUAUGUUCAAUAUGAAGCCAGAGCCAGCACAUGGUUAGCUUAGCAUAGCAUUAAGACUGGAUACAGGGGGACACAGCUAGCUUGGGUAACAAAAUCGGACUACUUCCAUCUCUACAGCUCAUUAAUUAACACAUCAUAUCUCUUUUUUAACUUCAGACAGAACUGACUAACUGUUCAGCCCUGUGUCCUGUCUUUAUGCUCAGCAAAGCUAACCAGAUGCUGGCUCCAGCUUUAUAUUUGGCACACAGACAUGAGUGGUAUCAGUCCUCUCAUCUAACUGUCAGCCAGAAAGCACAUAUUCCCCAAAAUGCCACACUUCUCCUUUAAUGAGGUGCUCAUGGCUGGAAAUAUGAAUUCUGUUGCUAAAGCAAAGCUUGGUUAUCCAGAUCCAGGUGUUGUUUUUUUUAACAUUUUGUAUUUAUAGCUCUUUCAUCAGGGAGCACCCACUGUCUGCUGAGCCUUUGAUUCUGUCCUGUCUGUCUAUCUGCUUUGUUCUUUUGAAACAGGCCAAAAGCUCCAGUUUAAAAGAGAAAUCAUGCACUCUCUUACAGCUAGAUGGCAUCAGAGCACAUGAUACGACUUAGUAUCUGUUUACAAAUCUGUUGAAAUUGAAGAGUCCUGCAUGAUUUAUUUCCCUGACCUAACCUUUCUGGCUGUCUUGCCUUCAUCAGGGUGUGUCUUAGGUUGUAACCAGUUCCCUUUUAUACAUUAUUGAUCAGUCUUGUGACAUAUAGAUCACCAGAGAUACUUUGUAUAUAAAACAGCAUUACGAUCACCUUUUUAAAAAAAAAUGUAUUUUUGUUCAAGGGAUCAUAUGUAUCUUUACCACAUGAAAAUGUCUUAAAAUGAAUACACCAGUGUUGUAUGUUUCCAACAAUGUUAAAACAUAGAGAAAUAUGGCAUUUUAAUCAAGGACAUGCUCCGUGUCAUUUUGUUGCUGUCACCCAUCAGUAGCAUCACGUCCCCUUUGCCUCUGCUGAGCCGAACAGCAUCGAACAAACACUGAUUUUCUUUUCUUUCUUUUUUUUUUUUUUUUUACAUGAAACUGCUUUAUUCAGCAUUUACACUGGUUUAAAUUACUGGGUCUGUUUGUUUUGGACAGAAAGAGACCUUAGCAGAUAAUUCACCUCCUGUUAAAAACCUCCUGAAUGUCUGUAUCUGAAGUUAUCAGAGAGAAACGCGAGCAUACAUUAGUGGGAGCUGGGCUAGCAGCCUCUCAGCGACAAGCCAAACAGCAUCAAAGAAACGGGUUUUUCAACGAAAACUGUUUUUUUCUAUGUUUUUACUGGUUUAAAUCAUGGCGUCCCUUAGUUUUGAGGAGAAACAGACCUCUACAGAUAACUCAGCUCACAGGCAAACCUCCUGAACAACUAACACUGAAAGGAAUUCCUAUUUCAUACAGUUGUUCAUUUAUUCUCUGCACCUGAACUUCCCCGGAGUCUCCAGAAGAUGGCACUCAAAAUCAGGCAAGUGAAAGAGUUGUGUUUCCUCUGCAUCUCUGGUGAUCUAUUAGUCACGUUACUGACCACUAGUCAAUUUUAGAUGCCAUCCUGAUAAAAGCAAGAGCUGAAAAUGUCUGGUAAAUAAAGCACCGUGUACUGCAGAAGACUUGUGCAGUAUGUUUUAGGACCUCUGCAAAGGAACUAAUGAUAUCCAAGGAGCAGGAAGCGGUCACAGCUGUCACUUCCCAUAAAACCCAGUUGCUCAUAUUACAAAUGAGUUUCAUGGCCGAGUCAGCCAGUCAGAGUGAAGCACUGACAGUGAGGGUUUUAUACCUGCUCUCCCACAACAUUUAAGUUACUAGUGAUUUAAUGAGACACACUUGGAUCGGGUGGGCAGAGGCAGAGGGGGUAUUCAAACCAUUUAUGUAUGUGAAAUAUGAAGAAAAUUAUUAUGUGACAAAUUCAUAUUAAAUCACUUUUGGUUAGUUGUGCUUGGCUGAAGAAAAACAGAACCUUUGUGACCCAGGUUGUUUCAUGUAACAAUGUUCAUUCAUGUAUGUAUUUCACACAGAAAUCUUUUAUUGCUUGUAUAAAUAUGUUCUGUACAAAA